AUGAGGUGGUUUCAAAUUCGUCACCAUACGGGCUUUGCUCACACCUCCGCAGACCAGGUUCCCAACCCUUCCAAGGUUCUUAUUAUCCUGGAAGAGCUCAACAUCCCGUACGAGUCAUCCUGGGUCGAGCUUGAUGGCCUGAAGCAGAAGCCGUACACGGAUGUCAACCCCAAUGGUCGCGUUCCUGCCAUCGAGGAUCCAAACCACAACGUCACACUCUGGGAGUCGGGCGCUAUUUACCUGGUCGAUACCUACGACAAGGAUAACAAAAUCUCGUACAGCACCUUUCCUGAAAAAUACCUGACCCAGCAGUGGUCAUACUAUCAAGCCUCUGGCCAAGGCCCGUACUUCGGUCAAGCUGCCUGGUUCAACCUCUUCCACGCAAAUGUCUACGGCGAGUCCCCAGAGUCAGCCAAGGUUCGCUACGGAGCCGAAGUCAAGCGUGUUGCUGGGGUUCUCGACAGCGUCUUGUCCAAGUCAGAGUGGCUUGUGGGUGACAAGUGCACGUAUGCUGAUUUGGCCUUUACAAUGUGGAAUAUGCAGAUUGCUUUCUUCAUGGGUAGUCGCACUGGCGAGAAUGCGUGGACCCCUGAUGAGUUUCCCCAUUUCUCCAGGUGGCAGAAUGCUUGCUUGAACCGGGACAGUGUCAAGAAGGUCCUGAGUGUUCUGGGCGAUCAGGAAGUCAAGAGCAGCUAG